UUUGUUUAAUUUUUCGGGUUGCGGUCUGCUUUCUGAUUCUGGCGAAAUUUUUUUUCCCGAGAAAAUCUAGAAGAAGGUAGCGCGAAGAAUCGAAUCAACUCCCAAGUAAGGAAGAUCUCUCUUGAUCGUUCUAGAGAAAAACGAGGGUUGUCGGUUUUAGUUUUAUCCCGGAGUUCUCUGAGGCGACAUUGCUUCGCGUUUAAUCCUCGGGAAACCUAAUUCUCAGAUCUCUGUACCUCAUCUUCUCCAACGAAUCAGAUUUAUUGAUCUGAUUCUUUUCAAUCCGGAUUUUGGGUUGUCUUUCUUGGGCUCCUUUCGAAAUUUCGUGGGCUCAAGCUUUUAGCAAAUUGGAAGGGCAAUAAUUUCCUAGUGAUUCUUUCUGUUGAUUAUUGGAAUCAAGUUGCCGGCUUUCUGUGGCUCCGACUUGAGAGAGCAAGCGGAAGAGAGGUUUGAAGAAUGGGAAGGCCGUUGUUUUACGAUAUUCUCGAGAAGCCAGCGACGAGCUGUAUCAUAACGAUAUGUAGUGUAAUAUGGUUAGUGAUUCAGAAGAAGAACAUUGGAUAUUCUCAAGUGGGUUUGAGUUAUGAAACCGCAGUUGAAGGGCACUACUGGAGGAUAAUUACAUCGGCAUUCUCACAUAUCAGCAUCUUGCAUCUUGUGUUCAAUAUGAGUGCUCUGUGGAGUCUUGGUGUUGUGGAAGAGCUCGGACAUGUCGGACUUGGAAUGGCUUAUUAUCUGCAUUACACUCUUGUUCUUGUUAUCCUGUCCGGUGUUUUAGUACUUGGGAUCUACCAUUUGUUGAUAGUGAGAUUUAAGAUUGACUAUUUCCGUAGAGUUACAGCUGUUGGGUACUCGUGCGUUGUGUUUGGGUGGAUGACGAUUCUCUCCGUGAAGCAACCCUCUUCAAAGUUGGAUCUUUUUGGGUUUCUGUCUCUUCCCAUUAGUUUUGCACCCUUUGAGUCACUCAUCUUCACAUCGAUUAUUGUUCCACAAGCCAGUUUUGUGGGACAUUUGUCAGGAAUCCUGGUUGGGUAUGCCAUAUCUUGGGGUCUGAUUGGUGGGAUGAAUAACUACUGGGCUCUUACUAUGUUGGGUUGGAUGUUAGUGGUGUUUGUGUUCAGUUUGAAGAAGUCUGGUGCUUAUGAUUUCAGAUUUCUAGAGAUUGAAUCGGUUACUGAUCCUUCUUUGCCUUCAGUGCGGUUUGUUGGAAAUGGCCGGACCUUGCAAAUGGGUGCAAUUCCUGUCAGUGGAAUGGAAGUCGUCUAAAUUCGGUUCAUGGCGGAUUGUUACUAUUGAUGUCUGAUCCGAAAUAUCGAGAGUGAGACUAAUGCUUCAGCUGCGUCAUGAAAGAAUUGUUUAUAAUAAGAGUUUGCAGCCAUGGCCCCUUCAGGCUCGCGUGAACUAUCUGUGGAUAUGUUUGAUGCAUAAUGUGGUGUCUGCCCUUCUACUUACACUUGACUUAUAUGGGCAGGAUUUCACGUGCGCUCAAAUUUAUUCAUGGAUAGGGAUUAUAAAAACAUGCCAACAUGGUUAGAUAGACAAUUGUCAUGUCUUAUGUAUAUUGAAGGAGUAUGGCCUCAUUUUAAAGAUGCUCCGCAUGAGUAGCAUGCUUCGCCAUUUGUACCCUUUACUCAUGAUUUUGUUAUGAAAGCCUGAUUCUUGAA